AUGGCUUCUCACGCUACAGAGGACGUGAUAGGACUCCAGGAGCGCCACAACCGGGACAAGGAGCUUAUGCACUCCAGGCACGCCCAGGAGCUCAAGGACCUUGAGAAUAAUUUGAAGACCGCCCGGGAUGACAUCAUCCGGUCUUAUAUGGCCAAGCUGAAAGCUAUAGACACACAGGAUCUCGACUUGUACCUUCGAACCGACGCCGCCAAGAAGGAUGAGAUCCGUGACGUCGAGGUCCAAUAUGAGCGGCGUCGUGCGGAACUUCAACAACUUCACAUGCGCGACCGCGAUGAGGACCUUAUGGUCUUCGCAAAACAGGUACCUGAGAUUGAACGGCGCCUACAGCAGAUUCGUUCUUCGCCACAACCGCUGACCGCGCCUAAGGGAAAUGGAAUGCCGCACCCUCAGUCAUGCCAACCCCAGGAUAGCAGCAACGUGGAUACUUCACCAGCACCGCGUCUCGCCCAGGUACACCCCGUGUACGCCGAUAACCGUCACCGACUAAUGUUCUGCGUCCAGAUGAAGCGGAAGCUGGAACCCUCCGAGGCCGUCCCCGAGAAGCGCCCCCGUGUCGAUGGCCGUGACUUUGACCUACCUCGGACUCUGGAUGCUCUCAUUCCCGGGCCGCCACCCUUGCCAUCAUCCAGCUCUCCCCGCAUCGUGACUUAUGACCAGGUCCGCCGGAACGCCAUUGACCAUGGCCACUGGGACAUGAUCGUCGAGCAUCCCCACGGGAGCCAGAAGUGGUAUGUUCUGUACUGUGACGAGCAUGAGGUUCAUUUUAGACCCAAUGCCAUUCAAGCUGCCGCAAAACACCUCAACUCCCAAAGGUACCACAGUUUGCCUGAUCGCAACUACGAAAGUGCGGUCAAGCACCUCGGUUAUCAGGUAAUUGAUUGCACGGCAGAGCGUCAACAGAGCCACAACGCCGACGUAGAGCAAGCCACCGCAAAUGGCUACGAGCCUGUGAAUAGGUUGGCACAGCGAGGUAUCAAGGUCAAAUAUCCCUUCGAGAAAGAGGCGUCACCCCAAAAGACUGUCGCAAAGAAGUCAAAGAAGUCGGCGCCUCAAUCUACAGCACCAGCCAAACCCCAGAAAAGCACCCAGCUGGGUACGGCAACUAGGCUGGACUAUAAGGGAUCACCUAUGAAGGCUAAUCGCCCGGCGAUCACCCAUCCAAAACCAUUUCAUCUGUACUACGGCGAUUUUGAGGAUGAGGAUGCCGAGGGUGUUGCAUGCAUUACAGUAUGGCCCGUUCUCGUCCUGGCAUGGGAUGAUCAAACCCCGGGCGGCCUGCUCCAUAUCAACCCGGAUUUCACAAGUCUCCAAGCCACGGAGCUCCUCGCUGAUGACACCCGCCCCAGCUGCUAUGUAUACAGUGAGAAGGGCGACAAGAUUGUAGGCUGGGCCCCGGGGUACGAGGAUGGCGGCAGGAACGUCAAGAAGAGAAAGUUUCCGGUCAUGUUUUUCGACGAAGAGAGCUCGUUCUACUGGAUGCCCGUGAAAUCGCUGGCCAAGUUCCCCAUCGAUCGGAAACAUGCUCCCAAGGUGAAAGGCUACAGCGAGUCUGCCUACAACAAGGCACGCGAGUUUGUUGCUGACAGAGAAGGUUUCGACUCCUGGGAGGACAGGCAGGAAGCCAAAGACGCUGGCCAGCUUAGAAAAUGGGAACCUGGAAAGGUCGCACCAGCCACGUGGGAGCGAUCCCCCAAAGCUGGACAGAUGGCUGACUCGCAAGACUCCGUUGAUACCAAGCUCGAAGCCCUCAAGGCGAGAGGCGGGGAGGUAUUCGGCGACGAUGACUACGCUGACGAGGAUGGGGACAGUGUUGACGACAGCACGGAUGAAGAUGACAGUGACGAGGGCCUGGCUACACAAUCUUCUGAUCGGGUAAACGGUUCUUUGGGGCCAACGAAUAAUACCCCGGCUAUGUCUUUGCCUACGCGGGCUGCCUCAACACCGGUAGCACAAACAUCGUCGUUGCCAACAAAGAAAAAGCUGACGGCGAGGAGAACCCAGCCCCAACACAGGCCAUCUGUACCUGUAGUGUCGCAGGUGACAUCUUCCACGACAACGCCUACGAAUGCAGCCACAAACUCGGUGCCUUCCCAGAACGCGGACAACGACGACAAGAAGGAAACCCAGCAAGCCCCACACCACCUCUACGAGCUGGCCGAACUCGACGAUGGCGUUGCAUUGUGGACUGCACAAAUGACCAAGAAGGAUGAGUGCUUGAGAGUGUUCAGAACAGAGGACGGCAAACAGCUCCACACUGACGAGGCACUGCGCGUGGUUAUAGACCCCAACGUCUGUGAGAGCCUCGCUUGGAAGGACGUGUCGAACACGAGCGAAUUCACCAUCACGCAGGAGAACCAGGGGCGGCAGCUCAGGCUCGUGUUUGGGCAGAGCGAGAACAGCAAGGUGCCGUAUCCCAUGAAACAGGCGCGCCAGUUCCUGACAUGGCUCAGGACGGAGCGUCGGAAACUGGGCAAGGACUUGGCUUGCACUUACGUGAAGCAAGCGUGA